ACUCGAAGUUGGAGAAAAAUGGAAGUCAUAAUAUUUGGACUAAGACGCAAUUGACACAUCCAGACGAGGUCUUCUCGGUCGAAUUUGCCAGUAUUUAAUGAAUUCAUGACCAAGUUCAAUUGCCCCAAUAGUUUCCAUUAUUUCCAAUUCUUCAUCAACCCACGUAAUAUCAUGAGGAAUACUCGCUUCUUCUUCCCUCUUGUAAUUGUGCUUCUGUUUCAUAAUUUUGUUACUUAUUCUUUGUCUGUGGAAUCACCCAACAUCACCACAGACCAAUCUUCUCUUUUUGCAUUGAAAUCCCAUGUAACUUUUGGCCUUCAAAGCCAGUUAAAAACCAAUUGGUCUACUGCUACCUCAGUUUGCAACUGGAUUGGUGUAACUUGCGGAUCCCGGCACCUUAGGGUCACAGCUCUGAAUCUUUCAGGCAUGGGUCUGGUAGGUACCAUCCCACCUCACUUGGGAAAUCUAUCUUUCCUUUCCUUGCUCAGCAUUGAGAACAAUAGUUUUCAUGGCUCAUUACCCAUCCAAUUGGCUAAUUUGCGUCGGUUGAAGUACAUAAACUUUGGCAACAACAACAUCAGUGGGGAAAUCCCAUCAUGGUUUGAUUCCCUUACUCAACUUCAAAGCUUGUUUCUAUAUGGUAACAACUUCACAGGCGAAAUCCCAUCAUCUUUAUGCUAUUUUCCAAAGCUAGAAAUCUUGAGGUUGGAUAACAAUAAACUACAAGGGCAGAUUCCUGUCAUGAUUGGAAAUCUUUCCUCCUUGAGGAAAUUGAUUUUGGAUUAUAACCAGCUUUCAGGUUCCAUGCCUCCUUCAAUCUUCAACAUAUCUUCAUUGCAAUUAUUGGAUCUCAGCGACAACAAUCUCUCCGGGUCGAUACCCCCCAUUCCACUCAAAAUUUUUUCGCUGCAAUUCAUUGACUUAACCGUUAAUGCUCUCAGUGGUAAGCUCUCGUCGGAUAUGUUCGAUAGACUUCCUAAUCUUCAAGGGCUUUAUUUGAAUCGGAACCUGUUUUCCGGCCGAAUUCCACCUAGUUUAUUCAAGUGCAAAGAGUUAACAAUAUUGUCCUUAUUUCGUAAUCAAUUUGAGGGAAGUUUGCCAAUGGAAAUUGGGAAUUUGACUAAGCUUAGGAUAUUGCAUCUCAGAGAAAACAAUCUCGAAGGUAAAAUCCCUUCAAGUAUUUGGAACUUGACAUUUCUUUGGUUCCUUGAUUUUUCCUCUAAUAGCUUGUCAGGUACACUUCCAAAUCAGAUUGGCAACCUACAGAAUCUAGAAUUCAUACAAUUGGGAAAUAAUAGUUUCACUGGUGUCAUCCCUCCUUCAAUCUUUAACAUCUCAACUGCAAGGUACAUUGUUCUUGCUUUCAAUCGUUUCUCAGGCCAGCUUCCAUCAACUACAGGCCUUGGACUUCCGAAUCUGCAAAUGCUUCAUCUUGGUCUAAAUGAACUAAGUGGACCAAUCCCGAUCUCCAUCUCCAAUGCCACUCAGCUUAUUCAACUCCAUUUGUUGAAUAAUUCUUUUUCUGGAAUCAUUCCUGACACUCUUGGCAAUCUAAGACAUUUACAACGCCUCGACCUAAGUCAUAACAAUUUAAGUAGCAACCCUUCAUCCCGUGAAUUGAGCUUCCUCUUAUCACUUACAAACUGCAAAGACUUGGACGAAUUGAUAUUUGAUGAUAAUCCAUUGGUCAGUGGUGAACUUCCAAUUUCUGUAGGAAAUCUAUCUGCUUCUCUAACCCUUUUCUAUGGUUCUCUUUGCAACAUUAAGGGCAACAUCCCAAGCGAAAUUGGUAACUUGAGCAACUUGGUUUGGUUAGGUUUUGACCAUAACAACUUGACUGGACCAAUACCUCCUACAAUUGGAGGAUUAAGAGAUCUGCAAAAUGUUAAUCUUGGGAGCAAUAAGCUAGAAGGAUCCAUUCCAUCUGAGUUAUGUCAUCUGGAGAGGUUGGCUUUCUUGACUCUCACAGAUAACAGACUAUCCGGUCCAAUACCAGCAUGCUUAGGCGAUCUCGUUUCUCUGAGAAAUCUUUUCUUAGGCGUCAACAAUUUUACCUCAAUUCCAUCAACCUUAACAAGACUUAAUGGUAUCUUGUUCCUAGAAUUGGCUUCGAAUUCUCUAAGUGGCACUCUUCCGGUUGAUAUUGGAAAGUGGAGUUCUGUGACAAAUUUGAAUUUGUCAGAGAACCAGUUCUCAGGUACUAUCCCAAGCAGCAUUGCUAAGCUCGCACACCUAACUCAUCUCUCCAUAUCUGGUAAUAUGCUACAAGGUUCUAUUCCUCAAUCUUUUGAUGAGUUGAUAAGUUUGGAAUACUUAGAUUUGUCGAGAAAUAACCUCUCAGGAAUGAUCCCCAAGUCCUUAGAGAAGCUCCCAAAUCUAAAAUAUUUGAAUGUCUCUUUCAAUAGGCUACAAGGAGAAAUUCCUAAUGGAGGAUCAUUUGUGAACUACUCGAGCCAAUCAUUUAUGGGCAAUGAAGCCUUAUGUGGUUCAUCUCGACUUCAAGUCCCACCUUGCAAAACUGAUACGGGUACUGAGCUUUUAAAAUAUAUUCUACCAGCAAUUGGCUCAGCCAUAUUAAUAUUGGCUAUGAUUAUCAUUUUUUUACGAAAUAGGAAAGCUGAAGUGCCAAACACCGAAGAAAAUUUGCCACCAUUGCAUGAGUGGAGAAGAAUUUCUUACCACGAGCUCGAUCAAGCUACGGAUGGAUUUUCUGAAAGCAAAUUACUAGGGGUAGGGAGUUUUGGAUCAGUAUACCAAGGGACUCUCUCAAAUGGGAUAAGCAUUGCAGUAAAAGUCUUCAAUGUAAAUAUAGAUAGAGCCCUUAGAAGCUUUGAUGUUGAGUGUGAGGUCCUUCGCAAAAUUCGUCACCGAAAUUUGGUCAAAAUCAUUAGUAGUUGCUCCAAUAGUGAAUUUAAAGCCUUGGUACUUGAGUUCAUGCCGAAUGGAAGCUUGGAGAAGUGGCUAUAUUCUCACAACCAUUUUUUGGAGGUUUCGCAAAGGUUGAACAUAAUGAUAGACAUCGCAUUGGCAAUGGAAUAUCUUCACCAUGGUCAUACCCCACCAGUGGUUCAUUGCGAUUUAAAGCCGAACAAUGUCCUGCUAGAUAAUGAUAUGAUUGCGCAUCUGGGUGAUUUUGGCAUUUCCAAACUCAUAAGUGAAGAGGAUUUAAUGACACAAACCAUGACGCUAGCAACGAUUGGAUAUAUGUCACCAGAAUAUGGAUCAGAAGGAAUUGUUUCUACUAAAGGUGAUAUAUAUAGUUUUGGUAUUCUUCUCAUGGAAACUUUCACGAGAAAGAAGCCAACAGAUGAAAUGUUUUCAGAAGAAACGAGCUUGAAGUGUUGGGUGAAAGAGUCAUUACCAUCAGCGGUAGUUCGUGUUGUAGACGCUAAUUUGCUGAAUACCACAGAAAGAAAACGCUCAGCUGCGAAGGAUUGUAUAUUAUCCAUUUUGCAAUUAGCUUUAGAAUGUUCAGCAGAAUUACCAGCAGAGAGGAUUGAUAUGAAAGAAGUUGUCGCGAGGUUGAAGAAAAUCAAAAUCAAGUUCUUACAGGAAGUUCAAAAAGUUUAAUCAAUUAAGAGACAGAAAAUGUGAUUUCUGAAAUUAUUUUAAUUAAAAGAAGACAAUCUGUUGCCCGUUUUUUAUUUGACUUCAUGUUAAAAUCGAGCAUUUACAAGUUCAACUGUUUUCUUAAGUCAAGAUAACGCACUAGAAAAAAUAGCUGUAUAAUUUUGACUUUAAUCGGAAAGACUUUGAGCGACGUUAUAAGAUAUUUGAGCACAUAAUUUUUCAUGUACAAUGCAACAAGCAUGAAUUGGAAAAUUGGAAUUUACUUUUGUGAAUAUUGACUUUGGUCGUAAAUGGCACUUUUUAUCUUGUAUGUGCUGGAAUAAUGAGCAUUUGGAAUUGGACAUAAGAAAAUAUAAUUAAUUAAUAACUUGGAUUUGA